UAUCGCGUUAACAGCCGCAAAAGUAUCUCAGCCCUCAGGCCAAUGGGAAAAGAGCAAAUAAUCAUGAGCACAAUAUCCUGCACGCUUUUGAGAUUUCCUGCUCGUUGAUUCAGACAAAAGAACAGGAUAAGUGCAACCCGUCUGACGCAAAAAAUGGGAGAACCGGGCUGCAUGGGUGACGAACCCUUGACCGCCGUUUUGAUCGCGAACGUCGUGCUGAUGGUUCUCAACGGCAUCGUGCUGGCCGUCCUCGGCGUCAACAUUUGUCGGCGGUCGGUCAAGCAGAGGAAGAGCGAGUCUAUAAUUGCAAUUACAGAGAAGCCGACAGAAGAGCCAUUUUACGAGCCGGUCAAGUACAACACUCCAAAUGAAGUGACCUACGAGGUUCCCAAUGAAAUCGACACGCCGAUCGGAGAAUCUGAGUACGCGACUGCCGACGAGGCCAGAACGCCGGCAGGUCCUGACUACCUGGCCGUCAUUGGAUGAGAUCCUUCAUUAAGAAAAACAAUUCUUGAUCUUCUGCUAGCCUUGUUGCCCUUGCUCCAUAUCCUAUUUUAUGUCAUUUAGUAUUAUGUAUAUCAAUCUUUCUGAUGAGAAAUUAAAAGUAAUAAAUUGAGAAUAGAAUAAAUAACUAAACUAAUAAUGAGAUUC